AUGUGGCUGCCGGAAUUGCCAAAUCACACAUACACACACUUCUCUCUCUCUCUCACAGACACACAUGUACACACACAAACACAGCCACUCCCCCUUCGUCACCGUACACACACAAACACAGCCACUCCCCCUUCGUCACCAGCGGCGCCACCACCUCAAUCAUCCUUGCAGUCUCCGCAUCCAUCCCAUAACCAAGGGACUCGUCAUCCCACGGCGAGGCUGGCCAGAUUGAUCUCGUCGAUUCGGGCCGCCGCCUUCCCCCACCAGCAGAGCCCCCUCUCCGCCGUCCUCCCCGACCAGCAGACCCUCCCCCUUCGCCGUCCUCCUCCACCAACAAAGCCCAGCCUCCGCCGCCCUCCCCCACCACCAGCAGGCCCUCCCCCCUUCGCCGUCCUCCUCCACCAACAGAGCCCCGCCUCCGCCGCCCUCCCCCAACCACCAGCAGGCCCUCCCCCCUUCGCCGCCCUCCUCCACCAACAGAGCCCCGCCUCCGCCGCCCUCCCCCACCACCAGCAGGCCCUCCCCCCCUUCGCCGCCCUCCUCCACCAACAGAGCCCCGCCUCCGCCGCCCUCCCCCACCACCAGCAGGCCCUCCCCCCUUCGCCGCCCUCCUCCACCAACAGAGCCCGCCCUCCAGUCUCUCUCCCUCGACCAAAACCACCAAUCUCUCUCCCUCGACCAAAACCGCCAAUUUCUUCAAAAAUUCGACCAAAAACCACCAAUUUCACCAUGCUCAAUUACAGAUCUGCAAAUUAG